ACGGUGUAUUCUAUACCUGAGGUGCUAAACGCUCGAUCCCAGAGCAUGAUCACGAUUCACGCAUAUCAGCUGUUGAAAAUCCUUGCCCGUUAUUAUGUGUUUCUGGAACCGGAAUUGCUCAAAGCGGGAAACCGAAUGACAACCAUUGACAUUCUUUUUGUGGCUGGCGGGAAUAUA